CUCCCUUUACAACCCCGAAAAGAGAAAUAUUGCUAUCACCGUAUCCACAAUCAGCGUCUGUUCGCUGCUCAACAUUGCAAUUUUAUCCAUGGGUCAAAGUUACUCCACAAAUAACGCACAUAGCGCAGAUCGCCCCAAUGAAGAAUCGCAUCGGAUAGCCGACUAUUAUGAUCUUUUGCAGGUAGAUCAGGAUGCAUCUACAGAGGAAGUCAAAAAGGCAUAUAGAAAAAAGGCCCUUGAAUUGCACCCCGAUCGAAAUUAUGGGAACGCGGAAUCUGCCACCAAGCGUUUUGCAGAAAUCCAAUCUGCCUAUGAGGUCCUUUCAGAUCCUCAGGAGCGCUCAUGGUACAAUGCUCAUCGAGAUGUCAUGCUAGGAAGCUAUGGUGGUCCUGGAACACCCGACAUCUCGUCUAAUGCUCGGACAACAACUGCAAAUGACAUCUACAAGCUAUUCCCAAGGUUCAGUCCUGGGAUGGAAUUUUCCGAUUCCCCAGAUGGAUUCUAUGGUGGCCUCUCUGAAAUAUUUUCGCGUCUUGCCAUGGAGGAGCAGAUCGCUUGUCGCGGGACAAAUACAGAGUCAAUUGAUUACCCGCCAUUCGGAUCUCGUGAUGACAAUUUUGAAGCAGUUGUACGCCCAUUUUAUGCGUCAUGGACUGGUUUUUCUACAAGAAAGACAUUCGCGUGGAAAGAUGUCCAUCGUUAUUCGGAUGCUCCAGAUCGUCGCGUUCGAAGGCUGAUGGAAAAGGAAAAUAAACGUCUGAGAGACGAAGGUAUACGCGAGUUCAAUGAUGCUGUUAGGUCGCUUGUGACUUUUGUAAGAAAGCGCGACCCACGCUACAAAUCCAGUGCUCAGAGCGAGUCUCAGCGCCAGGAAGCCCUGCGACAAUCUGUUGCCUCGCAAGCUGCCAGAUCACGAGCAGCAAACCAGGCAAAGUUACGAGAUUAUACGACACAAGAUUGGGCCAAGUCGGAGGAUUUCGAAGACGAGCUGUUUAGCUCAGAGGGAGAGAUGCAACAUUUCGAGUGUGUUGUGUGCCGGAAAGUCUUCAAGAGUGUGGAACAGGUCGUUGCACAUGAACGGAGCAAGAAACAUGUUAAAGCUGUUAAGCAACUUCAGAAGGAAAUGAGGAAUGAGAAUAGAAAACUGGGCUUGGCAGGGGAUUCUUUCAAGUACGAGGCAGAAGCUGCAACAACCUUUGCCCUUAACGAAGACCCAAUACCUACAGAAAAGGCCAAGGUCAGAAAUCCUGACGGUAACUUUGAUCAUUGCACAUAUGAGAAUCGCAUUUCAUCUAUUAACUCACCGAAAAAUAACUACCCACCUUCGGAUGACGAUACUGAUGACGCUUCGAGAGAUUCGGUUGAAGGCCAAAUACAUCCUGUCGAUAUUUCAAUUAAUGCUGGAAACGCAACGGAUGGAUUGACUCAAGAUCUUUCGGGAUUAGAUCUGAACAACCAGCCAACAGUUCAGAAAUUGGGAAAGGCUAAACAAAAGCGCAUGAAAAACCCCAAAUCUUUGGAGACCCAGCGGCCAGAGAUCAGAUGUGCGACCUGCAAUGCUUUGUUUGCCACCAAGUCCCAGCUUUUCUCCCAUCUAACGGAAUUGGAUCAUGCAAAACCACAAACAAUACCGAAGCACAGGAAAAAGAGAUAG